AUGAGUUGGAAUGGCACGAUGAUGUGCGAUGUGAUGCCAACUAUUUCUGAAGAUGGUGUUGAUCCUCCACAGGGGUCUGGUGCAGAAUCAGGUGAUUUGUCAGGCUCGACUGGCGAUCAGAAUCGUAUCGAGCAAUUGAUGGUGAAUAUGCUCGACGAACGCGACAAAUUACUUGAACAGUUGCAGGAUGCUCAACGGCGUAUCGACGACUUGCAACAGCAUGUGAAAGAUACCGAACGUGACAAGGAAAGCUUGCGUAGACAAUUCGACUUGCAAACUCAGCAUUUGCCCGGAGAACUACAGUCACUAACCAAGGAAUUGGCUCAGUUACGUGAACAGUUAUUAGAAAAAGAUGAAGAAAUUGUAGAGUUGAAAGCAGAACGGAAUAAUACGCGAUUACUGUUAGAGCAUUUGGAGUGCUUGGUCUCUCGACACGAACGAUCUUUGCGAAUGACAGUUAUGAAACGACAGGCUCAGAGUCCAGCUGCUGGUGUGAGUAGCGAAGUAGAAGUUUUGAAAGCACUUAAAUCACUGUUUGAGCAUCACAAAGCAUUGGAUGAAAAGGUCCGUGAACGUCUACGUGUUGCAAUGGAGCGUGUUGCAACGUUAGAAGAUGAAUUGUCGACAAAAGGAGAUGAAAAUUCGUCUCUAAAGGCGAAAUUAGCGAAAGUAAUAGCCGAAGUUGAGGAAGCGCAUCAGCAGCUAAAUGCGUCUCAGAAUGGGGUAACAGCGGAAAAACAGCAGCAGCAAAUUGGAUCGGUAGAAUCUGCAGGAGCUCUGGUUGAAUUACAAGAAGCAUGUCAGCGGUUGAAACAAGAAUUAUCUAGCAGUAUGCAGCAAUGUCAGGAAUUAAAUAAUCGGAACACAGAAUUAGAAGUCCAACUUACUGCAACGCAAAAAGAAGGCCGAAUGGAGCAGGAUCAGGUUAACAAGCUACAGCAUCAUCUUCAAGAGUUACAAGCACAGCGUGAGGAUCAAGAGGCACGGAUUUCAACUUUGGAAAAUCGUUACAUGAGUGCACAACGAGAAGCGACAUGUUUACGUGAUUUGAACGAUAAAUUGGAGCAUCGGCUUGCAAAUAAAGACGCUGCAGUUAGACUGAAUGAAGAGAAAGUACGUAGUUUACAAGAACGUCUUGAACUAGCCGAAAAGCAAUUGGCUCAAAGUUUGAAAAAAGCAGAAUCAUUACCAAGCGUAGAAGCAGAAUUGCAGCAACGUAUGGAAGCUCUUACUGCUGCAGAACAGAAGCAGCUGAGUGCUGAAGAGCAAAUGAAUCGGUUGGCCCGACAAGUUGAGGAGCGAAGCGCAGAACUGGAGCGUGCUGUGCAACGGGAGAAAAUGAAUGAAGAACAUAACCAACGUUUAUCAUCCACCGUUGACAAACUGCUGAGUGAAUCAAACGAUAGGCUACAAUUACACUUGAAGGAGCGUAUGCAGGCCCUUGACGAAAAGAAUCGCUUAACUCAACAAUUGGAACAAACAAAGAAAAUCUAUGACCAAUGUGAGCGAACGAAAGAACGUCUGCAACGUGACAAUGAAAGUUUGCGGCAAGAAAUUGAAGCAUUACGUAAUCAACUUUAUAACGCUCGUACUGCUCAGUACCAUUUCAGGUUGCACAGUUCACCUAUGAUAUUGCCUGUAGCAGCGUCACCUGUACCUGUACAAUCUCCUUCAGGACCCGGAGGACCGCCACCGCCUCCUGUUGUGGCUGUCGGAACAUCCACUGGUACUGCAGUUUACGGUGGAAUACGCCGUGCACAGAAGGGCAGAUUGCAAGCGUUACAAGAAGAUCCAAGUAAAGUGCAAACAUUGAAUGAGCAAGAGUGGGAUCGACUGCAACAAGCACAUGUGCUUGCUAAUGUGCAGCACGCUUUUUCAUCGUCAUCAUCAAUGAUGGAUAUGACUGGAGGCGGUGGUGGAUCAACCGCUUGCGCACCGGUCCCAAAUACUUCAACAAUGCCCGGUGCUGCAGAUCCACAUGCUCUUGCUAAUAUGUUACAAGAAAGAUUGAAUGCUAUAAAUUCAGAAAUUCGAUUAAUAGAACAAGAAAAAACACAUGCCGAACGUAUUGCAGAACAGUUGGAAAGUCGUGCUACAGCAGUAGCUGCUGCAGCUGCUGCAGCAAAUGAAGAGUCACAAGCAUUAUCAACUCAUUCAACACCACGCAACUCACCUCAACAUGAUUUUUUGGUUACCAAAUAUAAUACGCUUCCCGCUAAUGCAUCAACGUCGCAUAUUCAUGGGGGUGCUAGUGGUGGGUCGGUGGAUUCUUCAUAUGGUCAUCAGUUUGGUGCGGUGGAUGAAAUGUCAAAUGGUGUGGCAACUUUUGAUUAUAGAAUUCGUGGCAGGAGAUAUCCAGGUGCAACGGAUCAAAUGCAACAUUCCUACACUGGUUCUCUUCUCGAUGAUGAAUGUAAUCCCAGUAUAGGCCCAGUUCCUCCAGGAAUAUUAAUGGAUCGGCUGUCGCCAACAUCAUCCAUUACUUCUUCACAGCAUGAUCACUCACCCAUUUAUGGGACACCGGGCAUCGCGAAAGGAUCAAAGAAGCAACGUUCAACCUCUUCGACAGCAGCAAAAACUCUCGGACGAUUAUUUAAUAAGAAAGUAAAAAGUAGCAGUUGUGGUAGUAACUUACGUCAAUUGGCACAAUAUGAACAAGGUGGUUAUUCAGACAGUGAAAUAUCAUCAGUAGAAGGCAUCGCUAUCAAUGCGGGUGCAGCCACAUCAUCUUCUCCGUUAACGGGUAACAAUCUAAGUAAAUCAGCAAACGGUGGAGUUGUACUCGGUGCUGCUGCAGCUGCUGAUUUUGAUAGAAGGAAGAAGAAGAAGUAUGAAUUGCUGGAGGAGGCAAUGAAAGCACGUACUCCUUUUGCUCUGUGGAAUGGGCCAACUGUAGUGGCAUGGUUGGAAUUAUGGGUUGGUAUGCCUGCUUGGUAUGUAGCAGCAUGUCGUGCGAAUGUGAAAAGUGGUGCAAUCAUGAGUGCAUUGUCGGAUCAGGAAAUACAGCGCGAAAUAGGCAUCUCAAAUCCAUUGCAUAGGCUAAAGUUACGAUUAGCUAUACAGGAAAUGGUUUCAUUGACGUCACCGUCAGCACCGCGUACAACACGUGCAACACUGGCAUUUGGUGAAAUGAAUCACGAAUGGAUCGGUAAUGAGUGGUUGCCCUCAUUAGGUCUGGCACAAUACCGGCCAGCAUUUAUGGAAUGUUUGUUGGAUGCUCGAAUGCUGGAACAUCUCUCCAAACGUGAUCUUAGGACGCAUCUCAAAAUGCUUGAUAGUUUUCACCGUGCCAGUUUACAGUAUGGUAUAAUUUGUUUGAAAAAACUGAAUUAUGAUAAGAAAGCAUUAACAGAAAGGCGAAAAGCUUGUGAGAAUGUCAGUAGAGAUGUACUAGUAUGGAGUAAUGAUCGUGUGGCACGUUGGGUUGAGGAAAUUGGUCUUGGGGCGUAUGCAACUCAACUUAAAGACAGUGGUGUACACGGUGCCCUUAUUGCACUUGAUCAUACAUUUGAUGCACAAAGCCUGGCGUUAUCCUUGCAGAUACCACCGCAGGAUUUUUCGGCUCGCCAAUUGUUGGAACAUGCAUUUGAACAAUUGGUAAUAGCUGGUGAUUGUCGGAGUAGCACGACAACAUUUGGUACUGGUGGUACAGAUUGUCGUGGUUCUACUACAGCAGUAAGUGCCUCAUCGGUACCCCCGCCAUCACCACCCAGUUAA